AUGGCGGCGUUCACCGUCCGAUCACUCUCAUCAAUUCUGAUACUCCUCCUCCUCCUCACCACCGUCAUCUUCCUCAGUUUCCCGACGUGCACGGCGUCGAUCUCUUCCCGCGAGUACGAGUCAAUGCAGCGCAUGCUUCGCAACCACGGCUACAAUCUCAUCUGCAACACCAUGGCCACCUUUGACCUCCAGUAUGAGAUCCUCAAGCUUCCUCCCAAUGCCUCAUUCACCAUCUUCGCUCCCACCAACGCCUCCCUCUUCGCCCUCGACAUGAUCCAAACAAUGUCGUCCUACACGGAAACGCUCCGCCUCCACUUCGUCCCUCUCCGCCUCUCCCUCUCCGACCUCUGA